AUGUCGACGGCGGCGCGUCCGGUCGCCUCGGCGGCGGCGCAUCGCGCGUCCCCGCGCGGGGUCGCGCUAGCCGCCGCCGCCCGCCCGCGCGCGGCGCGCGUCUUCCCCGCGUGUCGAGAGACGCGGCGAGCGUCGGGAGGCGUCGGCUCGGGCGUCGUCGCCCCGACACGCGCCGCGGCCGAGCCGGCGACGCUCGAGACGGCGGACGACGACGACGACGACGACGACGAACACGACGACGAACACGACGACGAGGCGUUCUCCUCGUACGGCGACGGGGACACCAUCGUGGCCAUAGCGACCCCCGUCGUGCCCAACGCGGGCGGCGUCGCGAUAAUCCGCCUCUCCGGACCUCGAGCCGUGGAGGCGGCCCGGGCCGUGUUCCGACCCGCAUCCCGCGCCGCGCGCGCCGCCGCGCGCGAGGGCGCGCCCCCGUCGUCCCACACGGCGCUCUACGGCGUCGUCGUCGACCCGACCUCCGUCCCAAACGGCUCGCGGCGCGUCAACGACGAGGACGUCGACGCGGACGCUCUGGACGUCGUCGACGAGGUGCUCGUGCUCCCGAUGCUUCGCCCUCGGUCGUACACCGCGGAGGACGUCGUGGAGAUUCACUGCCACGGCGGCAGCGUCUGCGUCCAGCGCGUGCUCUCGCUGCUCACGAGGCGCGAUCUCCUCGAUCCGUCCGGCGACACAGCCGGCGGCGUCCGACUCGCCAGGCCCGGCGAGUUCACCCUCCGAGCCUUUCUCAACGGAAGACUGGACCUGACGCAGGCGGAGGCGGUGCAUUCGCUCGUCGCGGCGAGGACGGAACGCGCCGCGGACGGCGCGCUCGCCGCGUUGCGCGGCGGCCUCGCGUCCCCCGUGCGGGACGCGCGCGCGCGAUGCGUCGACCUGCUCGCCGAGCUCGAGGCGCGGCUCGAUUUCGAGGAUGAGUUGACGCCGCUCGACUCGGACGCCAUCGCCGCCGAGGUUGCCGCCGUUCGCGCCGACGUGGCAAAGGUGCUGGCGACGGCGAGGAGGGGCAAGCUGCUGGACACCGGCGUGACCGUCGCAAUCGUGGGCAAACCCAACGCGGGAAAGAGCUCGCUGCUGAACGCGUGGUCGAGGAGCGAACGCGCCAUCGUGACGCCAAUCGCGGGGACGACACGGGACGUGGUCGAGGCGCGGGUGGAAUGCGCGGGGCUUCCGGUGACGUUGCUCGACACCGCGGGGAUCCGCAGAGGAGCGGGCGUCGACGAGGUGGAGGCGAUCGGGGUUAAACGGAGCGUGGCGGCGGCGGCGGGGGCGGACGCAGUCAUCGUGGUGGUGGACGCGACGGAGGGGUGGACCGCCGCGGACGACGACGCGUGCGCGGGGAUUUUAAACCGGAAACGGGGCGAGGGCAUCGUCGGGGAGGCCGACGAGGGCGAAUCGGCGGUGGGCGUUCGAGCCGGCGGCGGGGACGCAGCCGGCGGCGGGGGGGACGAGUGGGCCAACGCCAAGGCUCGUCUGCACAAAGUUCGCGGAACCCGGGGGCUAGACGGAUCGUCGAAUGGGGCGGAUGGCGACGACGACGCGACCCGUCGCGACGGCGGCGCGACGGCGAUACUCGCAGUGAACAAGACGGACGCGAUCGCGGCGGACGUGGCACUGGACGCCAUCGUGCCCGUGGAAGUUUCUGGAAAGUUCGCCGCCGUCGUUCGCGUAUCCGCCGUCACGGGCGCGGGUCUCGAAGAGUUGGAGCGCGAGUUGGGGAGGAUCGUGGAGGGCGGGUCGGUGGACGCGGAGGGUGGGGCGUGGAGCGCGAAUCAGCGGCAGGCGGAGGCGCUCGAGCAGGCGCUCGGCGCGCUCGAGCGUCUCGAGGCGAUCGUGGUUGACGGAAACCUGCCGGUGGACUUCUGGACCAUCGACCUGAGGGAGGCGGCGAUGGCGCUUGGGGCGGUGACGGGGGAAGACGUGAGCGAGGACGUGCUCGACGUCGUCUUUACCAAAUUCUGCAUCGGGAAGUGA